CAUCGUGUCUGUCUCCUCCAGCGUGAUGACUGUAGUUUGCAGUGAUACGCGGUUAUCAUCUAAACAAUGGCCCCCUGAUUUCAGACAAGGACCAUAACUGGCCCUUCAAGUUUGAGAUUUUCUCAGCAGCAGAACAGGUUCACUUGUGUCUUUAAAGUGUAAAAAUACAACAGUGUGAAUCACAUCAUUAGUUCUAUUUGCUGAAAAUUAGCUGUUUUUGUGCAUGAUGGACACAACCUGCAUUGCAUUUUAUUGAUUUAAGAUUUCAGCUCUUUUAAGAUCUAAUUUCCUCAGUUUUGUGUAUUUUAAUCAAAUUUGUCUGCAACUUUAGAUCGAUGUUGUUCCUUCCCACGUGAGCCUGGAGCAGCUGAUCAGUUUCAUUUGAAGAUUGCGUCCGUGUACUGAGUAAACUGUACAAUCAAAUGAUCAUUAAGUCUGAGGUUACACCCUGGACGCCACACCUGACUGUCUAAACACUCAAAGUGUCUGCAGCUGAGCCGGUUCAUGCGUCGUGCCGUCUGUGGGCUUGAGAUGAAGUGUGUGUGUGGGCACGGAGAAUCAUCGUGUUUCACCUGAGACCUGACAGGGACAGCAAACACAGGCUUCAUGCCAGCGGGUGGUGAUCCAGACUUAACUAGUCCUACAAACGGGCAGGAAACUGGUUUCCUAUUAAAAACAGCAUUAAAUGUAUUUUUAUUAUUAUUUAUAUUUGGAUUUAUUUUAUAAAUUCUGAAUACACCUGUCAGAAAAUAAAGUUGGUUAUUUAUUCAAAUGUGAGAUAUGUUUCUAAAUCCCACCUUUUAAUUAGUGGAAACUCUUUGCUUCACUCCACAGACAGACGUUAGAAACGCAUUUAAACCCUAAAAGUCUCCGACUCCAUUCCCACUGAGACCGGAACGUGAGUGUGGCUCUGAUCUUGGCAGGAAUCUCACCUCGUCGUGGUUCUUCUUGAGAGCCUGGCAGUCCCUCUCCACCGACUGGCACAGCGUGGCCUCCGCUUCCCAUCUGCAGGCAGCAACGUGGUGAGAACCCGGCAGACAACAAUAAAACGUUAAAAGCAGCAAACUGAAUGUUCUUCACUUCAUGUCAGUGAGGACGGAGAGGUCAAAGCAGUACUUACAUGUGGCUCAGGUCUUCAGGAGGUCUUCUCUGGCUCUGCUCCUGCUGGGUUCCCCCUGUUGAGGGCGAGAGUGACUUUUGUUGCUGCAUCGGCUUUCACAGGGGUGAAAGGAACAGCAGUCCAACAACUGGACUCUUCCCUGCUGUUGGGUAUAAAGCUCUGGAUUAUGUCUUUGAGGCCAGCGCCACUCUGAAGUCGACCCUGACUUUGCUGGCACUGCCAGUUCCUGCUUUCCCCGGUCCCAGUGAGCGUUACCCCGUCAGUGGGAGGCUGUGUGACGACACCUACAGGAGGCCCUGGGUCAGAGGAAAGGUCUUCUCCUCCUGCAGACUGGUUGUUGCUGGUUCAGUGCUCUGUGAACUGAAAGGAAAUAACCGAUCAUUCAGUUCUCUAGAAAGAUUUUCAGUGUGGGACGAUGUGGACGUGAUACCCAGUUCUAAUCCCGACUCGCCCAAACGUGAUGAUCAGAUCAGAUGUUUGUUCAAGCAGGACCCAGAUCUAUGUCAUGAAUCGUUCUUUAAGGUGACCGCUGACCAGAUGGAGCCGCACGGUUGCAACAACGAUUUCUUCCUUCCGGAGGAGCUCAUAACUCCAGAUUAUGUGCCACAGCUAAAGAGACGUUUACCCACGCUUAAGGCCACACUGUCCCGACUCAAGAUGCUUCCUGUGGCUGACCCUCUGCUGGGCCCAACGGGACUCUGCAUCUCUGAGGACCCCAUGUUCAGCUGUUUCACGCGAUGUGCGUCCUAUGAGAACAACCCAGAUGUGGACACUGUUAACCCUCAGAUAUGUGCAGAUGUUCAGGAGGAGUUUUGUAAAGAACCACUGCUGAAAGAAGAGCUGCUGCUGCUGCCCGCUGUGGUCGACACGUUCCAGCCGAGCCCGCAGAACUUCAGCACUUAUUCUAAUGUCUGUGCUUGGUUGAAAGCUUCUCCUGAACCUCUGGAGGAGCAGUGUUCAGUCCUGGAUGUGCUUCAGAAAACGGUCCUGUUAGAAGCUCCGCUGGAUGUUUCUCAGUACGAUCCACCACAGGGCCACCGUACAGAAGGCCUGAUCCUGACUGAGCUUCCAGAUGAUUUUGCUCCUCACCAGGAACUAGAGCUAGACUCCAUUCUGAGCCCUGAGAUGAGUCCAGACCCAAGCUGUCUCUCCACCUCUCACCUCCAGGAGGAAGACUUGUCUCCUUUCGGCACACUCUCUCUGCUGUCAGCACGGACUCGCCAAAAGAUGGAGGCGGCGCUGUGGGAGUCAGAGAAGCAUCUGACCUUUGUGGCUAACCUUUUGCUGUCAGAGCCUUGUGUACAGGAAGCAGCCCCGGAGUUCCAGCCUCUGCAUGAAGCCUUUAAAAUGGCUAAAGCUUUCAGCAGAUCUGGUGACGAGCAGAGGGUGGGGUCUGAGCUGGAGAUCCUGCAGACACUUAACGGCCACAGUUGUGAGUUCACUGAGAAAAUGAUGCCCGAGAUUCCCAAAUCCAGGAAGGAGGAGAGGGAGGAAUUCACAAAAGAGUUACCUGAAGAUGUAGAAAGUGAAGUUCAAUCGCUCAUUCGGGAUUCACCAAACGAAGCCAAUUCCCACCACGACACCUGUGUGGAUUCAUCUCACAGUUCCCUCUCGACCCAAGCCAGCGGCUCAACUGCUCAGCAAGAGAAACCUUCUGCUACCAACAGCACUGCAGAAAGGGUUUCAGAAGGGACGUUUUUAGGUGGUGCGGGCUCGUCUCCUCCACCUUACAAACUCCACACGUCUGAGAAAGAGCUGAGCUUCCAUGAAGCUUCAUCUGAGCUGAACCUGUCCUCCAAACUACAAGUUAAAGAUGAUCAAAAACGUUUGGCGUCAGCAAGACGACCAGAACGAGACCUGGAUCCUUUGUUAGACUUCAUCAAACUAAGAUCUCAGCAGGUGCCAGGCUCAGCUGAAGCAGCAGAGACGCUCUCUCAGCCUCCACAGAGAGAGCAGCAGCCUGCUCCAGAGGAGAUGUGGACUCCCAACAGGAAGCCAACACUUGUGAGUUUUGCUGUGUCAGCAGACGCUAGCAGAGAACACAAGCCAGCGGCUCAGAGGACAAAUCGGUUUAGCGCUCUUCCAGCAAGCCAGUCGGCGUCUCAGGAGAAACCUUUCAGCAGGGUUGUGCCGGUUCGAGCUACAGAAAGCCAGCGGCGAGCCUACCAUGAGCUGCAGGCGCUCGCUCAGCCGUGCUUGAGUUCUGCCAGACAGAUGGGGCUCACCCUCCCUUCAUGGGGACACUUCAGCUGCUUGGCCCCGGACCAAACGCAUUUCCUCCUCAAACAGCAGGAGAGAGCCCUCUGCAGGGCUCCAGCAGAGGAUGCAGAGCUGCUCAAAGAUCAAGAGUUGCUUUUCAACCAGGCUGCUCUGAUCCAUGUGUUGGUGACGUUCAAAGAGCUGCUGCUGAAGUGUGAUCUGAGUACUGCGGUGGCAUCCCUGACCAAGGCAGCUGAGGUGUGUUCUGAGCAGAGACUGAAGCAGCUGCUGAAGAGGAUGCAGAUCCUCCUCAUCCAGGAGAAGCAGGAGUCCAACUUUAAGCUGCUGGAGCUGCAGCAGCUGCUGGCUGAUUGGCUCCACACCAGAACGGGAAAGACGGCAGAGAAAAUUCUCGUCGUGCUCUCCGUGGACUCUGAUGACAGCAGAUCGAGGAUCAUCAGCGACUUGAGUCAAGUGACUGGUGCUGCUGUGACGUCUCUUUGUCCCGAUGAGGACGGGAAGCAGCUGAGUAGUGUUGGUGUGGUCAGCAGCAUAUGCAGCAGUGACUGUGUGGUAGUGUGUGAGCAGCAUAUAGGUGCAGACUUUCCCUGGAGCUGCUUCUCUCUGUUGGUGGAGUUCGACCAUCCAGGCUCGUCUCCGUGGUCAGCAGUCUGCAGCGAGAAGAGCAUCAGCCACCUGACUUUCACCACCAGCAUCCCUGAAGAUGUAGAGAACACCUCAUGGUGUCUGGAGGACAAUCUUCCUUUUGUGCUGAUCGUGACAGAGGGCCUUCUGAACCACCCACUGCUGCUUCAGACGCUUGAGUCAGAUUUCUGUGUAACGGUGCUGGAAAGGAGCCACAGUCCAACCCUGCAGAUGCUUGGAGGGACCCACAACUACGCCGUGAUCACGGUGGACGAAGACGCAGCCAUCGUUAUCCAGGAGCAGGAUGAGCUGUGUGAAGAGCGAGCCAGCGAGCGUCUGGUGAUGAGGCUGACGGCCCUCUCCCUACAGUACAGCUACUGUUGGCUCUUCCUGCACUGUUCUGACAGCCAGGGUGGAGGACUUUCCAGCAGAGCUUUCAGGAACUUGGUGUUGGUUUAUUCGUCUUUGGUGCUGUUUGGCACAAAGUCAGGGGAACUGGAUGUGAAGGUUCUGAUUGUGUCCCAAGUGUCGGAAAUGGCCGAGUUCAUCCACCAGAUCUGCUUCACCAGACUGAUGUCCAGUGACCGAGAUCCUGCCAGCUACCUGACCAGAGACUGGCUCACUGUGCUGCCUUCUCAGGAGGAAGAGUGCCUGUCCAAGUUCCCUUGCCUUAAUCCUCUGGUCAGUCAGCUGAUGCUGAGCAGGGCUCCGUCUCUGCAGUGUCUCCUGAGGGCCCCUCUGCCCCAGCUGAAGGAGCUGCUUCCUGAAGUGCCUCAUAAAGUGCUGAAGACUUUCACUGAGUGCAUCUCUCUACACUGGAACAGCAUGGCUCCCAAACACCCGGACACCACUAAAACCAGUCCUCCACAUGGUCCUUGUGCCCACUCUGAAGAUAACUCGCCACAUCUAGAGCGGACCUGCAGCGACCACAGUGCCAGCUUCCUGGAAUCUUUCAAUGAAUGGGACCCAGACCCCUCGGGUUUUAGACUCGACUCGAGUUGCUCCUCCUGCAGCCCCGUUGCUGACCUCCAGCGCGACAGAGACCUCUGGAACGAGGAGGAAAAGGUUCCUUUUUGGAGUCGCACAGCUGAAGCAGCAGGGAGAGUUGUCAUGACUCUGAGGGCCUCGCAGAAUGGCUGCACCUCACCCCUGCACACAGCUAACAGCCCUUUCCAACCGGACCCUGCAUUCAGCUGCAGCCCCAUCCUGCAGCAGCCAGCCAGCAGCCAGGUCUCCCCCCACUCCACAAUCUACAGUCACCUCCAUCAUUCUCAGAGCGAUAACAUCUUCUGCAAUCCACCGUCAGAUGUUUUGUGGGGUCAAAGCGGUAGCAACUGUCUGUUUAGGAGUAGAGAGAUGACGGCAAGUUCGCCUUCCUUCAGCUACAAGUGCUGGAGAGGUCAGGAGAGGAAGAGGAGCUCAGACGUGGCUGGCCUGCGUGGGUCGGGCGAGUUGCUGAUGAAGAGAGGAAGGCUGAGCUACGAGAGAGUUCCUGGCAGGAGAGACGGACAGACCCGACUAAAAUUAUUCUCAGAUUAAAUAAAAAACAAUAUGCACCUGUUCAUGAUUUAGCUGUGAAAUUAGUUUUUACUUGGUUUUUGAGUUCUACUGAUUCCUGUUGAAACGUGUUCAGCCGUAUUAAAUGAACACAAAUGUAAAAUAACAAGUUUAAUGUCAUUGAAACGGUUUUACUGAUGAAAUAUAUCUGUGUGUGAUCAAAACCAGUUAGUUGAUCUAUAGAAAAGCUUUUUGUGUUAAACUUGUUUAUCUGUUAGAAUUGUGUGAGUGAUGAAGUUUCCACAGUUUUCUAUGUUGUAUAAAAAUUCUGACCAAAAUAAAUUGGACCUUUUUCUAUA